UUUCCAUCGAAAACCCCAGCGUAUUUAUCGUUGGCCUUAACUACAUCACAUGACCCCUUUAACUGCAAAGGGUUCUGAAGGAAUUAUUAAAUCUCUUCAGGUGGAUUUUGGGUUCCUCAAACAAUUGAUUCCACUGAAGUUUGAGGACCGUCUUAGAGAGGAAUCUUGCAGACUUUUCACUUCUCUACAUGACAGGAUCCUGACAAUCGAAAAACGUUACCAACAGAAUGAGGAUACCUUAAGAAAAUGCUACAAUCAGCAGCUGGCCGAUGCCAUAGCUACUAUCAAAGGAAUGUACCAGAAAUUCUUUGAGGUGGAAGAAGAGAAGACACCUGUGCAUGACGCAAUGACUGUCAAAAUGAAUAUUUUGUUAAAAAAACUGAAGGAGAAAGAAGAACUCAUUAAGGAAUUAAGAGAAGAACUGGACCAGUGUGAAGAAUUUGGAUCUCAAAAAGUUGACUCUUUUAUCAAAGACGACAGCCCUCUAAGAACAGCUCUGGAAAAGGAAAAUUUGGAGUACAAAGUGGAAAAUGAGAGACUGCUUCAAGUCAUUUCAGAACUCGAAGAAGACAUCCGACUCAAUCUAAAAGAAAAUUCAUUAUUAGAAGAUGAAAUUAUAAGUCUGAAAGAGAUGGCAGAAAAGGAUCAUAAAACCAUUCAAAAGCUAGUCAAUGGCAGAGACAAAUUACUAUGUGAGCUUGAGUUUGAAAAAUCAUUAGUGCAAGAAAUGGUUAAUAAACAGAAAGCGGACCUUGAAAUGACAAGAAAGUUGGAUGCCAUAGUCGCCAAGAGCCCCAGAGCCAUCAAGGAGAAAGAAACCACCUUGUCCCCGUGGCCCUCACAGCCCGGGAGUGCAGGCGCUCCGAGGCCACGUUCUUCCUUCACCGUUUCAUUGCCUUCUAAGGCCAAAAGAGUCAAGAGUCCAAAGAAGGCUUCAAAGGAAGAGCAUCCUACGGUUAGACAUGGAAUACCUGCUGCGAUGCAUAGAGAAAAAGCGAGACUACCAGUGGCUAAGAUUGAAGAAGAGAAACGUGGUUUGGAAGAGCAAAUACAAAUGUUAAAGGCUAAGUUAGAGAAAGAGAAAAAGAAGUCGGAGAGGGUUAAGAAGGAAUCAGAUCAGAUCAACAAAAACUGGGAAAAGAAAUUCUUCAUUCUCAGGAACAGCUUUCAUGUCCUUAAGAACGAGAUGUUUACUAGACACACAUUGUCCCGUCAGUUUGCAGUGCUGACUGACACAUCCUUCAAUUAUGUUAAAGCUAAACCUUUAUUUGUGCAAUCCAAAGUGAAAUUGAUAACAGCGUCGACAUCUUCUGCAAAUGUUUAUCAUGCAUCUUCGUGAGGCUGUCAGAAGCCCUGGAAGAAGAGUCUUUGGAGAAGCCGUCGGUGCCCCAGAACACCCCAGUCAACGAUACGGAUGCCCCUGAGUAGGCACCGGACACUGGGCUGCGCAGAGCGGGACCCCAGGAAGAGGGCCCUCCCCAUCCUGGCGUAAGGACUGCCUCCCUGACAAGGGACACCAUCUCCAAGGCGUUUCUAACAUAACUGUUCCGUCUCUCCACAUGUCGCGCACGCUCUGGAGCACCGCGCUUGAAGAGAAGGCCAAGUGCGCGCUCUGUGCGCACCUUUCCAAGCUCGGAAGGAAACCCCGCUCUCUGGCGCUUGGUGAGCGGGGCGCACAGACCCCGAGCCGCCGCCAAAACCAUCCAGGCGCUUCCUGGGCUCAGCGGGGUGCCCCAGCGCCUUAGGUGGGAAGGAACGGACUUCAAUUAAAAUUAAAAAGUUUGAGGCACUAACCCAGUGUCAUUCCCUCUCUAAUCCACUCCGUCUCUCUGUAACAGGAAGUCGAACUGAUUUGCUGCCAACUGAUCCCAUAAAGGAGAACCAGGAAACCUCGAAGAGGAUUUUAAAUUUCCUCAAAGGAGGUCCACUCCGACAUAGGCACGGGACUCCCAGAGUAUCUUAAACGCUGUAAACAAUUCUUCAGUAAGUGUGGAAACUCUUUGGACUAGUGUUUCCAGGUAAGGAUCAAGAUGAAGAUUUACAUAUCUAUUCUUUCCGGAAUGUCAGGUACCAUUUCCCGAAAGACCGGUUUGCUUUCUUCUCGGCGCAGUGGUCAAUUCGGUCCUUUCUGUUCCCUUGACUACAAGUCAGGCCCAGUCUGCAGCCCAGUUUCAAGAUAGUAGGCUCUGGAUUGCAGAUUUCUAAAGCUGUUUAUUAAAUCUCAGGAAGUAUAUUCGUGGUAGCCGUCACAUAAAGCCGAUGUACCCUGGUGCAGACGAAAGCUACAGAGGCGAUUUAUUUGUGCGUAAAAGGCACUGGAUUUAAUUGGAGAGAGACGUGUUCAACUCGAGGACGUGGGGUGGCAUAGCACGGUGGAGCAUUAUUCGAGCUUCAUCUACUAUGCACUGUAUGCCACCGUCCCCAGAGGAGUGUUGCCCUAGAAACUUGUUUUAAAUCUGCGGCUAUAUAUCAACACCUUUUUUUAGCAGUCCUUGGCUGAAUUACAGUUACACAGUUUGGCGCUUCUUUCAAAUUUCCUCCCAUCAGUUUGGCUAAAGAAAGGAAUUUUUCUCCUUUAGAAAUGAAUUGGCUUAAUUAGUAAGUAGAUUAAUGGCAAUUGCUGGUGAGUUGGUUUCCAGCAGAGUUUCACCAGAGAGGGUUAAUCGGAGUCAGGUCUGGAAUCUUUCCCAGAACUGGCUGCCAGCCAUUUCCACCAACCAAUCAACCCUACAAGAAACGGAGGAAAUGAAAUAGAACUUAUAUUCUCCGUGCUAUCAUCCUGGACAGUGAAAUCCCUUGGAGACAGCCUUCUGCCUGGGUGUGGAAUAGACUGUUUCAUUUCAGAAUUUUCACAGAAACCUUGAAAAGUUUCACCUUCAAGAUUUAUCUGGGUACCAAAGCGGAAUUUCACAUGGCACAAUGAGUGUCUCCACAGAACACUGAGGGCACGUUGGAAAUGCCUGAGGCUUUUAAGUCAAUUUCAGGUUUUACAGAUGUUGCACAAACCUCCUAAGUCCCACCCUAGAUCUCAUCUACCAGAAGUCUUUACAAAGUUGAGCUGUAUGUUUUGCAGCCUUUUCACUUAUUUUUUCCAUAGUGAUAAAAAAUGCAUUCAUAGUUUAACUUGCAGCUGCAUUACUCUUGCAAAAAAAAAAAAAAUCCCUGCUGAGAAAUGCAUAUAAUAGGAAAAACAGAUCGGCUGGACAGCAGUGUAAUUAAUGCCAGAAAGGGCUGAGGCCGGUUUCAUAGUUUGUCUUUUGAGGAUAUCACGACGAGACCUGGUGAAAAAUGACGCAUGCUUUAGCAUUUCAGAAAGCUGGCAACGGGCAGCGCUUUUCCUUUUUUCUUUGACUUUCUGCCUCAGAACAAAGAGGUCGGCAGAACUAGCUAGGUUGUAAUGAGUUCUAUGUCCCUAGCACAUUAAGUGCAUCAUGGAAACAUAUUGUAUCGAAAUAGUUUGGAGGAGAAUACCGGGGAUGAAAGAGAAUGGGUGCUUUGAUCAGCUCCCUGGGGUCCUGAGCGCGCACAGACUGACUUGCAAGGCGUUAUUCAGCUGGAGCUAGACACACUUACAACACCAUUCAAAGAAAUUUGCAUAUCUGUAAUUUAUCACAUUGGUCCAGAACAUUUUCGCAAG